UUAAUGUACCAUCUCGUACCAUUCACAUUUUUCAAAUUUCAAGGGAAAAUAUAAAAGCUUGCAGCUUACUAUAUUACAGUAUUAUUUUCCUUCUAAUUUUUUUUCGAAACUAGUAACAAGAAUGGCAGAGGAAUCAAAGCAUUAUUUAAUUGAGGGACAUGCUAACUACAAAACGUGUACAAGACAUAGUUACUUGUCUGCUUUGAAUUUAUCGUUAAGAAACCGUGAAAUAUUGGACAAGGGUGCUCGAGCUAGUUUUAUCUGGCACUAUUUUAAUGGAUAUCACUGGUGCGAGGAAUGUUCGAAAUUUAAUUUGAUGAAGAAACAGAAGAAAACCCUUAUACCGAUAACUGAAAAUGUAUUUUUUUACUCGUUUUGGUUAUGUACGGAUUGUGCAUUAUUUGCUACUGCACCUUAA